CUUUCUUGGUUCUCUUCCCCAAAUUCCUAAACCCUAGUUCCUCAUUUCUCAUCCUCUUCACAGAGAGUGAGAGAGAGAGAGAGAGAGAGAGAGAUGAAGGGAGGCACCGUCCAGAUCAACUGGCACGACACCCAGCCUGUGCUCAGCUUGGAUUUCCAUCCGCACUACGGCCUCCUCGCCACAGCCGGCAACGAUCAUGACAUUAAACUUUGGGAAAUAACUUGGGGCGAAUCAGAGAAAAAACUUCCAACAGCUUCCUAUCAGAAAAGCCUUUCUUACCAUUCUUCUGCUGUUAACAUUUUGCGUUUUUCUCCUUCUGGAGAACACCUUGCAUCUGGUGCGGAUGGAGGUGAACUAAUCAUCUGGAAGUUACAUGCAUCUGAUGAUGGUUAUACAUGGAAAGUACUCAAGACAUUAUCAUUUCAUCGAAAAGACGUUCUUGAUGUUCAAUGGUCUGUUGAUGGUGCAUAUCUUGUUUCUGGUUCAGUUGAUAAUUCAUGUAUAAUUUGGGAUGCCAAUAAAGGUUCAGUCCAUCAGAUUUUGGAUGGUCAUUUGCAUUAUGUUCAAGGUGUUGCUUGGGAUCCUUUAGGCCAGUAUGUUGCUUCUCUUAGUUCAGAUAGAACAUGUCGAGUAUAUGUUAACAAACCUCAAGCUAAACUGAAGGGUUAUGAGAAAUUGAAUUAUGUUUCUCAGCAUGUUAUCACAAAGUCCGAACUACAAAGACAUGAAGACUCUAAGCCUCCUUCCAAAUCCCAUCUAUUUCAUGAUGAGACAUUACCUUCCUUUUUUCGAAGAUUAGCAUGGGCACCAGAUGGAUCAUUUUUGCUAGUGCCAGCUGGUAUAUACAGGAACUCCUCAGCCUCAGAAGUGUUGAACACUGCUUAUAUAUUUUCAAGGAAAGAUCUCUCCCGACCCGCAGUACAACUGCCAGGAGCUAGCAAACCUAUUGUGGUUGCACGGUUUUGCCCUGUUCUUUUCCAUCUGCGAGGAUCUAACUCAGAUGGAUUUUUCAAACUGCCAUAUCGAGUUAUUUUUGCAGUUGCUACCUUUAACUCUCUCUACAUUUAUGAUACUGAAAGUACUCCACCAAUCGCAAUAUUUGCUGGCCUCCAUUAUGCAGCCAUUACUGAUAUUGCAUGGUCAAGCAAUGCUAAAUAUCUUGCAUUAUCCUCACGAGAUGGGUACUGCACUAUUGUAGAAUUUGAAAAUGAUGAACUUGGGAUACCAUUCUCCGUUGCAGGAACGAGUAAAACCAUGAACCCAACUAAUGUUUCUAAAUCAGAUGUCACUGACCAGAUGGAAAUAGAAAUGCCGGCAGCCUUGAAGGUUGAUAUAGCAGCUGAUAAAAAGGCCAGUCUAGGAAAUCAAUCGCAGUCUACGAUGAUGAUGAAGACACCGGACACAAAGAAACCCACGAAACGUAUCACACCUGUCGUAAUUAACUAAGCUUUGGACUGCCGUGUCCGUGGAAACCAUGACCUCAGAAUUACGUGUAUGCCCCUGCAAAAUUUGUAAUAUUAUUUGCAACCCCUGAAAAGUUCAUUCUUAAUCAUAGUAACACUGCUGCUUUUUAGGCAGAUUCUUAAGUUGUGUCAAAUUUUACUG